AUUUGGUUUAGAUUAGUUCACACAUUAGUAACUAUUUGAUAGACAAGAAAAAAAAGCCCAUCUAUAACAUGAGGAGUUAACCCCAUUCAGAGAUGAACCAGAAAUCAAUCAAAUUUCUCAGAUGAGAUAAUUGAUGUCAAUGGGAAAGUAGAAUUCACUUUACACAGGACUUUCAGGAAUGGGAUGGCUGUAUAAAGUAAGAACCACCUCUAAUGAUAUCUCCCACCAUUCAUUCAUUCAUUCAUUCAUCAACUCAUUCAUUCAACAAGCAUUUAUUCGAUGCUUAUUUCUUGCAAGGUACUGGGUUACAAAGGCAAAGAAAACCCCCCCAUCAAAAUAGAAAGGUCCCUAUGGGAUGGUUACCUGGCCACAGAGAAUUUCCUUAAUUUGGGAGGAAGUGGUGAGUUCCCCUUUCGUGAUUUGUAUGUCAGAAAUAUUUUGGCCUCAUCGAUGACUAAGAAUUUCAAAGUGAGCUGUGGGUGUAGUGGCCAGGCUAGAGGAGAUUAAAUACCAGCCAGACCUUCUUCAUUCCUUGAUCGAGAUCACUGGCUCGGGGUGAGAGCAUAGACACCAGAGAACCAUGCUCUACUUCCAGGCAGCCCUGCUGGUGGCCCUGAUCUUGGGCAGUUCUCUUCCAUUCACUCAAGCAGGCCCCUAUGGUGUAAACAUGGAAAGCAGCAUUUGCUGCAAUGACUUCGUUCCGUUCCCCCUGCCUUUGAAGUUUCUGACCCGUUUCCACUUCACUUCUGCCACCUGCCGGAAACAUGGAGUGAUCCUGCUAACAAUGAAAAAUCGUAAGAUCUGUGCAGACCCUCGGAAGGGCUGGGUGAAGCAUGCCAUCACGGCUCUCAAAAAGAACCACUGAGGAGAGGUCCAGCCCUGCUGUGGAAGCACUGAGGUCCUCACUUUCCAGAUGUUGUUCCUAGAUGCCUUCUCCUUGAUCUCCAUCCUUAAUGAGAGAUCAAUAUCAAUAUAGUUACUGUGUACAGUGUUGGGCCAUGCCCAGAAGAAAUAAGGCUAAGGUCUGCAGUACCCACCCAACUAGUCUGAUUUCAAUUUUAAAGUCUGCCAAAUAUAUCUGUCAUUUCCCACUACUCUUUUUUUUUUAAACUCCACUUCCUCUUUUGUCAUCCCCUAACCUGGAGAUCCAGCAUCCUUAUGAUCACUGCCCUCUCCCCUCCACGUCCAGUCUUGCUUUCUCCUCUGAUGCCCUAUGGCAAGGCUUUUUAAUUUGUGUGUGUGUGUGUGUGUGUGUGAUGGACCUCAUGUAAGAAUAAUAGUUUUAAAUGUAUA